AUGGAGCUACCCAUACCCGAAAAUAUCAAAAAGCUCUGGGAUUUAUGGGAUCUCAGGUUUUGCAUUCUCUUUAGCCUCUUUCUACAGGUUUGCUUGGUGAUAUUUGCACCAUGGAGACAAAGAAGCAGAAGAACUUGGUUACACAUAUUUCUCUGGUCAGUUUACUUGAUGGCUGACUGGGUUGCUGCUGUUGCUAUCGGACUAAUCACCAAAAGCCAGACUAACCCUUUCAUCGCCAAAGGAAAUGGAAGCAUUUUCGCAUUCUGGGCUUCUUUUCUUUUGCUUCAUCUCGGCGGCCCUGAUAGCAUUACCUCUUUCUCUCUCGAGGAUAACAAGCUAUGGAUCCGUCACUUGUUUGGAGUUCUUCUGCAGGUUUUCGGUGCUGUUUAUAGCUUGUUCCUAACAAUUCCUAAUAACAAACUAUUGAUACCGACCCUCAUUGUCUUCUUUGUCGGAACCAUCAAGUAUUCAGAGAGAACCGUUGCUUUGUAUCUUGCAAGCUUGGACAAUUUUGGAGCUAUCGCUUUGCCAGAGCCAUAUGCUGGGCAUGAUUAUGAAGCGGCCGUAGCAAUAUACUCAGAAACAAGGUCUGUCGAGGCUCCAGAACAAAUAGCUAUAACCAUGGCAGCAAACCUUGGCAAUUUCAAGGAUUAUAAUCCAACUUCAGAGUCAGAAGAAAUGAAACUAUUGCUUACAGCUUAUUCACUCUUCGAGGACUUCAAGGGACUUUUUGUGGAUUUCCUUAUUAGCUCUAAUGAUCGAGAGUCCAGCCGGAAGAAAUUUCUCGAGAUCGAAUCUGCUGAGACCAGUUUUAGAUUGAUUGAGUAUGAGCUUAGCCUCAUCUACCAGCUUCUCCAUACUAAGGUGUCUGUGGUAUGCAGCAGAUUUGGGCUUGUUGUUCGUUUUCUUAGCUUGUGGUCCAUGGUGGUUGCCUGUAUAUCAUUUCAUUAUUUAGUUGAUAAGCAUAAGUUGAAGAAGUUUGAACUCAUCGUUACUUAUGUGUUUCUUAUUGGAGCCAUUGUUGUUGAUAUUAUAUCUGGAGUUAAUCUCAUUUUCUCUGACAUGUUUCUCAUUGACCUCCACCAACAAAGUUGGAAAAAUCAUAUUCCGGGCUGA